AUGUAUGCCGAUCGACGCUUUCAAGUUGACCGAUAUUUUCCUUUUGUAGCCUUCAAUCAGGAGCAGAUCAGAGCGAGCACGACAGGGGGGUUUCUACUUACAGAACGGGCGCACUUCAAGGAUGUGGCGGCCAAGAUAUUGAGUACGGAUAAAGAGGUUUUGCAGGGAUUGAUCGAUAAGGGCAAAUCGGGGUGGUCGAGCGAGAUGGCGACGCCCGAAGAGAAGCAGUGCCGUGAGCUGUUGGCCUUGGUCGAUUUUGUUGCUGCGAAGGUACCUGGGUCUAUGACCCAGCGCAGAAACCAGCGGAGUGAGAUAAAGUCUCUGAUAAUCGCGUACAACGUACCUAUGUUUUUUAUAACGUUCGCGCCUGUAGACUUUAAGCAUCCCAUUUGCUUGUAUUACUGUGGGGAAGAGAUCGACCUGACAGAGCGGAUGCCUGAUCUACCUGAUUGCGCACACAGGCUCAGAGCUAUCGCGUCAAAUCCUGUAGCGUGUGCUCGCUUCUUUGAUCUGAUGGUACGCAGUUUUGUUACUCAGAUAUUGAGGGUCGACGAUCCAGAUGACCGUGCCGGGCUGUUUGGUAAAACGUCCACUUACUACGGGACCGUAGAG